AUGGUUGAUGGGGAUAAAAAAUCGGCUAUGGGAUACAUUUAUGAAGCUAUGGAUAGAGCAAAGAAGGUUAUUGCUAAGAGUUUUGGUCACAAGGAGGAGCAUUACAAAGAAGCUUUUGGGAUAAUUGAUAAAAGAUGGGAUUGCCAACUUCAUCGCCCUUUACAUGCGGCCGGAUACUUUCUAAAUCCGGAAAUCUAUCAUGAUAAUCCGGAGGGAGUGAGUUGUCAAGAAAUUGAGAAUGGCUUGUAUGAAAGCAUUCAAAGGCUAGUUCAAGAUGAUUCAACACAAGACAAGAUCAUGGCUGAGCUAGAUGCCUACAAAAAUGCAACGGGUCUAUUUGGCAAUGCAAUGGCGAUUAGACAUAGAAAGAUGAAAUCACGGGCGGAUUGGUGGUCUUGUUAUGGAUCUUCAAGUCCCAACCUCAAAUCAUUUGCGAUAAAAGUUCUUAGCCUCACUUGUAGUGCUACCGGGUGCGAGAGAAAUUGGAAUGUCUUUGAACAUCUUCAUACCAAGAAGAGAAACCGAUUGGCACAAGAUCGACUCAAUCACUUGGUUUAUGUGAAGUACAAUCGGACUUUGGAAAGGCGAUACAAGAGGAAAGACACGAUAGAUCCUAUUUUAUUAGAAGAGAUUGAUGAUAGCAAUGAAUGGUUGCUUGGAUAUAUGGAUGGGGACUCUUCUAAUGAAGAUAGUGAUCUUGUGUUUGAGGAUGAUAAUUUGACAUGGAGUGCCGUUAGCAAGGCUUCGAGAGCUAAUGACCCUAUUUAUAGCACUAGACAUGCAUCUAGAGUUGAUAAAGGAAAGGGUGUAGUUGCUUCGGGUUCGAGGACGAGAAGACUCUUAGAUGAGAAUGAAGAUGAUGAUGGGGAUGAGGGUGCGGAGGAGAUGGAAGAGGACAUUGGUGAAGACAAAGAUGAUGAAGGAGAUGGGGAUGAUGCACUUAAUGAUGAUGAUUAUUGA